CAUGGGAACUGACUUAAGCUCUCCAGCGAACGCUGGGAAGGCAACCUCUCACACACAUUCUAGACAAGUCAUCCAGUUAAAUUUGCCUGAAGUCUGCGCUGCUGUCUUUGCCACUUGCGCUCGCGACUUCCAAGUUAUCAGGGCGGAGAAACCCUGAUCUGCCGAAAUCCGGCGGGUGUUAAGAUCCAUGGAAGUGGCCGGUUUUUACGAGGGGGACUACCUCGCUUUCAACAACGCAAACACCAUCAGCAGUCCGGUCAGCGCCGGCGUAUGCAAGCAGCCCACUAACGGCCCCAUGACGAAGCUUCAUGACAUCUCUGAUCACGAGAAAGCAAUAGACUUCAGCAUCUAUUUGGACUCUCAGUACCAGCAUCUGGCCAACCAAGACGAAAGCCGGCACCGCGGAGUGGGGAUUUACGCCGACUUUCUCUCGGAGGAAAACAAGAGCAAGAGACUGGCAGCGUUACAAAACUACAAGAACUACAUUUCGCUGACCGAACGGGACCCGAACCAACUGGCGUAUUCGGAGCUACAGGAGACGCGCAUCGACACGGUGUUCAGCCCGGACUUUCAGGGCAGUUUUGCCAAAAGUAACUGGCGACACGAUCUCAACGAAGAGCCGCAAAUGGAUGGUUCUGCGGGCUUUGACAUGCGCUCGUAUCUGCCGUACCAGAACGCUCCGAGCGGGAGCCUGGGCAAUAUUUCCACCGCGUCCUCCUCCUGCUCAAGUCCACCAGGUACACCUGCGCCGCCAGGUAAGGGAAGAUCACCUCAGCCGGGCGGCAAAAUGGCCUCAAGUGCCAAAGGCAAGAAGAGGCUGGAGAAGGACAGCGACGAGUACAAACAGCGGCGGGAGAGGAACAAUCUUGCCGUGCGCAAAAGCAGAGACAAAGCCAAAAUUCGCAACCUGGAGACGCAGCACAAAGUGCUGGAACUGGCGGCAGAGAACGACCGGUUACAGAAGCGCGUUGAACAGUUGUCCCGCGAGCUGUCGACGCUGCGGAACCUGCUCUCCGCCACCGGCCAGUGCUGACGGGACACCGUGGUAGCCUACUUGGAACAUGUAGCCUAUACAGGCAAGGACUGUCAAAUGACUUUAAAGAAUGCAUCAUAUAGAAAAAGUGUAUUUGUGAUCGAUACAAAAGCGAGCGAUCGCUCGUUCAACGCGUUUACAGCCGAGAAAGCAAAACAAACAAAAAAUAAUGAGAGUGGACUGUGCGCCUGGAUUGCGCAAUGUUCCCGCUCGGUAAUGUGGAAACCCUGUCAUGUAUUUCGUCUGUAAAGUAUUUUUGUACGGGUUAUAAAGUGAGAUGUUUAAUAUUCUGUUAUUUAAAUUCAUUUUGGCAUAUCUGGGGCAGUGGUUGUCAUGGGAAGAGUUGUACUGCAGAGGUAUGAUGCAACGCAUUGUAACAGUAUUGGUAAAGCAGUGAAGUAGUCUUUUAUAGAUGAAAAAGUACCACUGGUCUACUGCUAUAUACUAUUUUAUUGAAUUAAAGAUUUUUACUGUA